CGGAGCAGUGGGAUCUCCGCACCACCAUCGGAAGCUCCGACCCCGACAUGGAGGCUUGGCAUAACUUGACGAGGUUGCCGCUGGUGCAGUCGGCCAGGUCCAACCAGAAGAUGAUGGGCUGGAACACCCCCGAAGAGUACCUGGCCUACGUGGAUCCCCACUGGCUGACAUUCCCGGCACCGGACCCCAUGGCGCACUACAUCCUGGGCGUGGUCUACAUCAUCUUCCACAUCGUCUCCGUCCUCGGCAAUGGCAGCGUCCUGUGGAUCUUCCUUACGACAAAGACUCUGCGAACGCCCUCCAACAUGUUCAUUGUCAACCUGGCUUUCAUGGACUUUUUCAUGAUGCUGAAGGCGCCCAUCAUGAUUUACAACAGCUUCCAGCAGGGGCCGGCGCUCGGUUGGGUGGGCUGCGCGGUGUUUGCCACCGUCGGCUCCAUCUCGGGUGCCGGUUCGUCGUGCGCCAACGCCCUCAUCGCCUUCGACCGCUACAAGAAGAUCUCUGAUCCGAUGGGCUCCCACUUCAAGAUGACAGCGGGCAAGGCGUCGCUCCUAAUCCUGGGCAUGUGGAUCUACAUCACACCCUGGUUCCUGCUGCCACUGCUGGAAAUGCUCGGUCGCUACCAGCCUGAAGGCUUUCUCACGACUUGCGGCGGCGACUACCUCACUGAAUCGUGGACCACCAAGGCGUACGUCAUCGGCAUCUUCACCACCGUGUACGCGGUGCCGGUGUUGUCCAUCAUCAUCUUCUAUUACCGCAUCUUCGCGCACGUGGCCGAGCACGAGCAAAACAUGAAGGCGCAAGCGGCCAAGAUGAACGUGAAGAACCUACGCGCCGGCGACAACAGCGUGCGGCAGGAGCUGCGCGUGGCCAAGGUGGGCGUCAUGCUUACCUCUCUCUACCUCUUCGCCUGGACGCCGUACGCCGUCGUCGCCUUCAUGGGCGCGUUCGGCGCCAAGGCGCGCCUGACACCGCUCAUGUCCAUGAUACCGGCCUGCACGUGCAAGACGGCCGCCUGCCUCGACCCGUUCGCCUACGCCAUCAGUCAUCCGGCGUACCGGCAGGAGCUGGAGAAGAGGUGGCCGUGCCUGGGCGUGCGCGAGAAGCAAGAGACACCCAGCACACAGGAGGGCGCCGUCUCCGAGGCAGCUGCCUAGGCGCGCA